AUGGCUGGGAUGAACCAUUCGAGUGAACCGAGAGCUGCACCCCAAGCUGAUCAGUGGUGCAACCUAACCCUAGGCUCCUCCUUCAGUGAUCACAAUCCCUCAAAAUUCUGCAACUUUCGCUAUGAGUUCAAGCCAGCAUCAAUCGAUAAGAAUCAGCGGGGAACCCUGCAUAAGAACAAGGAUAAUAAGGUCUCUGUGGAGUUUCAGAAUAUACAACCUGGGAAGCCUAAGGUAACCUUCGAGGGCACUAGUGAAGAUUGCAAGGAUAAUGAUGCUGUUCUUUUCUUUGAUGGCGAGUCAUUUCGAUUGGAGCGGUUGCACCGUGCUGUGAAGCGACUGAGGCAUAAUCGGAUGAUGGGUGAAUCUGCAUGGCCAGGGGUUACAUCAGUUGGAGUGGCUGAUGCAAGUUCACCACCGAUUGCAAGAGGAAUUAAGCAUCAGCCUUUGAACAAGGACCCAUAUCCUGCUCUGCCUGUUGAAGUUGAACGAAUUGAGAUUGGAGACUUCAAAUGCUCGGACCGACCGGAAAAGAAUGUUGAAAUUCAUGCAGCACACCCAGACUCCUCAUCAAACCUGUCACCGGAGUUGAAGAUUGAUGACCAAGAUGAAGAAGAUCUUGAUAUAAUGAAUGUGGAUGAAGAUGAUGGUAACGCAGGAGCUGAUGGAGGCACUAUCGAAGUAAAAGAACUUGAUUUCGACAUGCCACAUCAAACUGAGGAGAUUGUUGAUAUUGAUAUAAGCGAUGAUGGAGCUGAUAAGGGACCAAAUGCUGCAGAAGCAAGAGAAGGCCAGACUUCGAGCUCCAGUAGCAGUAGUGGGAGUGAUAGCAGUGGCAGCGGGAGCAGGAGUAGCAGCAGCAGCAGCGACAGCGAGAGUAGCGAUGCUGAUUCUGUUACCUCCAUUUGA